AAAACAUCAUAACUAGAAGCAUUUGAUAGGGGACCUAUUGGGUCUCCUAGGGGAAGAUAAAUGAGGGGACAAACGCCUGUGCAUUGGGGACUGCAAAGUGCAACCCUUUGCUCGGUUUUCUGAAUACAAAAGCUGCCCCCCUACCCCUCAAAAAGCAAACCAUACAAACAAUUUCUUCCCUUCCCUUGUUUCCUCUUUCUUAUUAUAUUAAAUAAUUAAUUUCCCCUCUGGAAAACUAAAAUACAGAACACCACCCGAGUCAGCCAGCUGACUCACUCUCUCUCCUCACUCAUAAAAGUUUCCCACUCUACCGCUUCCUUCCCACCAUCUUCUUCUUCUUCUUCUUCAAACCCCCAUAAACCCCAGAAGGCCAAAACCCACAUGCUCCCUUACUUCUACUUCCCAUUUCCCCACUCUCCUUCCUCCUCUCUCCCUUGUCUUCCCUUGCGCCUCUCAAAACGGUAACGCACCCAAGAAACUAAGAAACCCAGAAGAAAAAAGAUGAUCAGCGGAGCAGAUUUCUACCACGUGAUGACGGCGAUGGUGCCGCUCUACGUGGCAAUGUUCCUCGCCUACGGCUCCGUCAAAUGGUGGAAGAUCUUCACCCCGGACCAGUGCUCCGGAAUCAACCGAUUCGUCGCCCUCUUCGCCGUCCCGCUCCUCUCCUUCCACUUCAUCUCCUCCAACGACCCCUACGCCAUGAACUUCCACUUCAUCGCCGCCGACACCCUCCAGAAGAUCAUCAUCCUCGUCGCCCUCGCCUUCUGGUCCAACCUCACCCGCCGAGGCUCCCUCGAGUGGACCAUAACCCUCUUCUCCCUCUCCACCCUGCCCAACACCCUCGUCAUGGGCAUCCCCUUGCUCAAGGGCAUGUACGGCGACGCCUCCGGGACUCUCAUGGUCCAGAUCGUCGUCCUCCAGUGCAUCAUCUGGUACACCCUCAUGCUCUUCAUGUUCGAGUACCGCGGCGCCAAGCUCCUCAUUUCCGAGCAGUUCCCUGAUACCGCCGGUUCCAUUGUGUCCAUUCACGUCGAUUCCGACAUCAUGUCGCUCGACGGCCGCCAGCCGCUCGAGACGGAGGCCGAGAUUAAGGACGACGGCAAGCUGCACAUCACCGUCAGGAAGUCCAACGCCUCCAGAUCCGAUAUCUUCUCUCGCAGGUCCCAGGGACUUUCGUCCAACACCCCGCGUCCCUCCAAUUUGACGAAUGCCGAGAUUUAUUCUCUGCAGUCCUCCAGGAACCCCACCCCUCGCGGCUCGAGCUUUAACCAUACGGACUUCUACUCGAUGAUGGCGGCGGGUCGGAGCUCCAAUUUCGGGGCGAAUGAUGUCUAUUGUAUGUCGGCGUCCCGCGGACCCACUCCCAGGCCCUCUAACUACGACGAGGACAGUAAAGGGAGGUUUCACGGGUACGGGCAUGGGUCGGCCCAUUACCCGGCUCCCAACCCGGGGAUGUUUUCGCCGACUACUGCAGCUAAGGGUGCCGGCGCAGCUCCUCCCCCUUCGGUUGCUGUUACUGGAGGUAAGAAAGGGAAUGCUAACGGCCAGCAGAAAGGCGGCGGCGGUGGUGAAGAAGGUGGAAAGGAUCUUCAUAUGUUCGUGUGGAGCUCGAGCGCGUCGCCGGUUUCGGAUGUGUUUGGUAGCCAUGAGUACGGUGGUCAUAACCAUCAUCAUAAUGACCAUAAGGACGUUAGACUCGCUGUUUCUCCUCCUGGGAAAGUGGAGCAGCAUGCGAGGGAGAAUCAUGGCGAAGAGUACUUGGUGGAGAGAGACGAGUUCAGCUUCGGGAACAGAGGAGGGGAGAUGAUGAACAUGAACAAUGGCAACGAAGGUGGUGGCGGCGAGAAGUCCGCGGCGGCCGCUGCUGGUGAUGGGAGGGCCAAAGCUAUGCCCCCAACGAGUGUGAUGACGAGGCUUAUUCUGAUAAUGGUGUGGAGGAAGCUGAUCAGGAAUCCCAACACUUACUCCAGCUUGAUUGGUCUCAUCUGGUCUCUCGUCUCCUUCAGGUGGCAUGUAGCAAUGCCUGCUAUAAUAGCCAAGUCCAUUUCGAUUCUAUCAGAUGCAGGGCUCGGCAUGGCUAUGUUCAGUCUUGGGUUGUUCAUGGCAUUGCAGCCAAGGAUCAUAGCAUGUGGGAAAUCAACAGCAGCUUUUGCAAUGGGCGUGAGAUUCUUUGUUGGACCAGCUGUCAUGGCAGCUGCUUCCAUUGUGGUUGGCCUCAGGGGCACUCUCCUUCACAUUGCCAUUGUUCAGGCAGCUCUACCACAGGGGAUUGUUCCCUUUGUCUUUGCUAAGGAAUACAAUGUGCAUCCUGAUAUUCUAAGUACUGGGGUCAUAUUUGGGAUGCUCAUUGCCCUACCCUUCACCCUUGUCUACUACAUCUUGCUGGGGCUAUGAGAAAGAGGAUGGCAGAUAUGGGAAAGAGAAAAGGAAACAAGGGGAAAGAUUACUUAAAAAGCUUAACUAAGCAACAAGCUUAAAGAGGGAGGUUGAAUCUUGAAUGCUGUUCAACCAAACAAGCCCUAGCUAGUAGGAUUUUGUGGGGGGUAAUCUCGUCCAUAGGAUUUAUUUACAAGUUUAGUAGGUUUUUGUGAAGUAAAAAAGUAGGAAGCAGCAGAGCAGCAAGCAAGUUCAAAUGGGCCUUCUCCCUAACCAAAAUCUUCUAUUCUCUAAUUUGGUCCCUUUUCUUUUGUUAUUUCCCCCCAUUUUGAUCUUAGUUAAAAGGGUUACAAGUCAUUUUUUUUUUAGGGAGUUGUAAGUCAAAUUACUAAGGAAGAAAUGUCUCACUACAACUCUUCCGCCUUUUGAUUGUAAUUAUAGUUCUCCCAUUAACUCGUAACUUCUUUCUCCGAACAUCUCGACUAUCUCAAAAUAUGAUACCAACUUGCGUUCAAUUUAACUUGGUUCGAUUAGUUGAUUGUAAUUUUCUUUCCUCCGAAUUUAGAAUUUACACAUUCAUUUAUUUUGCCAUUGGGUGGUGAUGUGAUUAUAGGGGGGACCUCAUUGGAAUAUUAGGGGGACAAACAAUGGUCACUGCACAAUCCUCUCAUGUUUUGCUUUCACUCUCUUAUUCUGCUACCAAUGCCUUUGCUCUCUCCCUCUCUCUCUCUCUCUCUCUUUCCGGCUGCUGUGUCUUCUUCUCUGCCAUCCUAUUACUCGGCUUUCACUUUCUCCUUAUUCCUUUCCCUUCUUUCUUGCAACUUUUUUUGUUGCCUUUUCCUUUGACGCCUUUACUUUUCAAUUCCUGCUACAUGUUUCCCUGCUUUUAGUUUACCUUCACUUUUCGAAGCUAAACAUUCGUGUCUGCCAAUUCAUUAAUUAAUUAAAGAUAUAAUAAAGGAGUACUUCUAUUAUUCUAUAUAGUAGGCAAAAUACACUUGUAUAAUCAAAAUUUUCAGAUUUG